AUCAUCUUUGCUUGUAACCUGAGUACAUCAGGUGAGGUUGGGUGCGCGUACGUGUUAAGUUGUCAUUGAUGCAGCUCUUGAGGUGAACUUCAAGUUUAAGAAGCCAGAAUUGGCAACAGCAUGUCCUCGAUGUUACGGAGGAAGGCAAGCCAACUGAUACAGAGGGUUCAGGGCGGAACAGACCGCUGGAUGACCUGGCUGAAAAGCACCGCAUUUCGAGUUAUUGCCGUCUUGCUGAUUGCUACGCUGCAGCUAUGGCUGGCGAUCUUCCUGUACGGCAGUUUCUACUAUGCCUACAUGCCAACAGUGUCACAUAUAAACCCCGUCUAUUUGCAGUUCAGUGCCUGCAAGGAGUUUGGUCCGCAGCAUUGUCCUUUCCCGAGUGUGAAUUCAACAUUGCUAAAGAAUCCGGAAAUGGGACAUCUUCUGAUGCGUGGCCAGAAGUACCGAAUUCUGUUAGAGCUGGACAUGCCUCAGUCACCGGUCAAUGAAAAUCAAGGUGUGUUUAUGGUGAGACUGGAUCUGUAUGCAGCUGGUGGGGAAACUACAGCAUCAUCAUCACGUCCAGCCAUGAUGCACUACCAGUCCAAUCUCUUGAAAACAUUACAAACGUUGUUCUUCAUCCCCAUGCUUUUGUCGGGAUACAGUGAAGAAAAGCAGACACUCACAGUCAGCUUAUUGGAGAAUUUUGUGGAUAAUCCAUAUAAACCAAUUGUUGGAGCACACAUUGAACUCCAAGCCCGACAGCUUGAGAUCUACUCAUCCGUGUUAAAGAUCCAAGCUCACUUCUCAGGACUCAGGUAUCUGAUGUACCAGUGGCCAAUCAGCACUGCCCUUGUCUUCAUCUCCGUCUUUUUCCUCUUCUUGUCUCUUAUCACCGUGUUCUCUUGGCAACAGUGUGCUGGUGCAUUCUCCCAACAGGAAGAAGAAACCGUGGUGCGGAUGGAGGACGUGUACACGGUGGGCUAUGAGGAACGCAGAAAGAUGAUUAUGAAGAGCAUGGCCUCUGAACGCACAGCUCUUAGAGGCCGGCCAAAAAAUGUUACCGUGGUCAGCCAGCGGGGCUUCAAGAUUCAAGAGGAUCAGGAGUCACACAGCUCAGGCAUCAGUAGCGUGGACGGUAUGUCCAACGGAGACAGAACCUCCUCCAUCCUGGACACGCUGAGAGCACCCAACGGGGAAGGGUCAUCCGACGGAGGUUGGGAGGUCCUCAUCAAGUCAGACCAAGCUGAUAAUGGGAGCAUAAGAGAGCCCCCGGACCAGGCCUCCUCGAUUCAAGGAGAGCCUGGCAUGCUGGAGGACGAGGCUGAGGAUGACCCAGGGGAGGAGGUCGCCGAAGCAGUGGGAGAGCAUGUCCACGAAGAGCUCAGGGAUGACGUUGAAGAGGCUGAUAGUGAAGAGAGAUCUGACAUCGGGGAGGAGAUUGCCAGCGGACCCUUGGUGCGAGAUGGAGAAGAAUUGAGACAUCGCAAGAGAGACAAGGACCCUGACAACAACUACCUAUAGCAUUCUUCACCAUGGUGGUGCCAGUGUCUACCGUGGUGCCCAACCUGAAAUCCUCCUUGCAUUCUUCUUCGGAAAAAAAGAAAAGAAAAAGUGGUUGGUGAUUGGAAUCUUCAAAAGUCCAAGUACCAAAUACUCUAUUGGCAGAUAACUUGGGCACCCUGUUGAGGGAAGUACAAAGUUCAAUUUAUGGCAGUUGUGAAAUGAGAUGUGGCAGUGAAAUAAGCCACACUGACCGUCGCCAACCUCUUGAGCAUGUUGUGGUCAUGACUAUCACAAGACCAGUCACAAGUAACAGUGGCAAAGGAAUGUUUUUGUUAUCAGUUCAUUUGAAUAGCUUGUGACUUGAAAUUCAGACUGAAGGUCUGGUAUUGGUCUUCCAUGAGCUGUUGUGUCAGCAGUUCAUCACUGUGGCAGUAAUUACGUUGUUUGUAAAUUUUGUGAUUUGUUGGUCCUUUAGAUGGCCUGAAUUUCCUCAUGAAAUCCUCACCAUCAACUUUUUUUUUGUGAAUGUUUAUUUACACAAUGUCUACAUCUGCUCUGACUUCAGUGCCC